AUUAAAGAUUGGAUUGGAAAAAGGCCUCUUUUUAAGCCCCCUUUCGUUUACUCCAUUCCUUACCAAAUUCUCAUUCCCAUUCCCAUUCCGACACUUCUUUCUUCUUCUUCUUCUUUGGAUUGAUUGUUAAUGGAGUUGGCUUUGAGCUUAGGAGGGAGUAAUGGAAACCCGACUCGAAAGCCGUUUGCCCUUCUUGAAAGCAAGAGUUCCGCGGUGGGAAUCGGCGGCGAUUUGGGGUUUUGCAUGGAAAAUAUGAAUAACAGCGGCGGAAGAGAAGAACCGCCGCCUCCGGUCCAGCUUGAUCUUCUUCCCUUGUCGCCGGUUCACCGCCGCCAAUCCGGUUCGCAGCUUCUCCUUCCAUGGCUGCCCGAUAACUUGGGCGCCGAGGCGGGCGUGAAGGCGCUGGAUAUGAACCGGCGUCCGGCGGGCGCGGUGGCGGAGGAGGCCGAGGACGCGGCGGCGCUGUCGUCUCCGAACAGCGCGGCGUCGUCCUUCAAGAUGGACUUCUCGAUCUUCAGAAACGGGCUGUUGGGGAAGAGAGAUAGCACCGGCGACGGCGAUAGAGAGAGAGGCGGCUCUUCCAAUUCCCGAGCCUCCGACGACGACGAGAACGGCCUCGGCCGGAAAAAGCUCCGCCUCACCAAAGAUCAGUCAGCUUUUCUCGAGGAAAGCUUCAAAGAACACAACACUCUCAACCCCAAACAAAAACUCGCUUUAGCAAAACAACUCAAUCUUCGUCCUCGCCAAGUCGAAGUUUGGUUCCAGAACAGAAGAGCAAGGACGAAGUUGAAGCAGACAGAAGUGGAUUGCGAGUAUUUAAAGCGGUGUUGCGAGACGCUGACAGAAGAGAACCGAAGAUUACAGAAAGAGCUUCAAGAAUUGAGGGCUUUGAAGGCGUCUCAGCCCUUCUACAUGCAGCUUCCGGCCACCACUCUCACCAUGUGUCCGUCGUGCGAGCGCGUUGCCUCUUCCACCGCCGCCGCUACCCCGACUACUGCCGCCGCCGCCCACGGCGGCGCUAAGCCCAAACUCUUCCCGUUUCCGCCCCCGCAAGUGCAUGCUCCCCAGGCUGCUUCGUGAUUACUUUUUUGUGUUAAUUAGGCUAAUGACUGUUAGUAUACGGUGUAGUCUUCUGCUUCUAUAUGUACAUAUCAACAUUUUGAUUC